AUGCCGUCUGUUGGAGGUAUUCCCAUCUGUCAGCAGCAUUUAAUUUGGAAUAACAUGGAACUUGAAGAUGAUUAUUGCUUGAAUGAUUACAACAUUUCAGAAGGUUGUACAUUGAAGCUGGUUUUGGCUAUGCGUGGUGGACCUAUAAAUACAAGAAAAGUUCCUAUGGAAGAUCCACUUAGGCAGAUGGCUGAGUUCAUGGAUUCCAGUCGAGAUGAGGUCUGGGAGAAGACUUGCAACAAACAAGUUACAUUUUUGGUUUAUCGAGAAGGAGAUCAGUUGAAUUUCUUUCGU